GGACCAGGCGGCGGGGCGAGCGGCGGCGGCCGGGGCCAUGGCGGGCUGCUGCACGGUGCUGGCGGCCUUCCUGUUCGAGUACGACACGCCGCGCAUCGUGCUCAUCCGCAGCCGUAAAGUGGGGCUCAUGAACCGCGGUGUGCAGCUGCUCAUCCUGGCCUACGUCAUCGGGUGGGUGUUCGUGUGGGAAAAGGGUUACCAGGAAAUGGACUCCGUGGUCAGCUCAGUGACUACCAAGGCCAAAGGCGUGGCUGUGACCAAUACUUCUACACUUGGGUUCCGGAUCUGGGAUGUGGCUGAUUAUGUGAUUCCAGCUCAGGAGGAAAACUCCCUCUUCAUCAUGACCAACAUGAUCAUCACCAUGAACCAGACCCAGAGCAUCUGUCCCGAGAUUCCUGAUAAGACCACUGUGUGCAAAUCAGAUACAGACUGCACUUCUGGGUCUGCCGACAUCCACAGCAAUGGUAGGAAUGGAGUCAAGACUGGAAGAUGCGUGCCGUUCAAUGGGUCAGUGAAGACCUGUGAGGUGGCAGCCUGGUGCCCAGUGGAGGAUGACACACAUGUGCCAAAGCCUGCUUUUUUAAAGGCUGCAGAAAACUUCACUCUUUUGGUUAAGAACAACAUCUGGUAUCCCAAAUUUAAUUUCAGCAAGAGGAAUAUUCUUCCCAACACCACCACCACCUACCUCAAAUCAUGCAUUUAUGAUGCCAAAACAGAUCCCUUCUGCCCCAUAUUCCGUCUUGGCAAAAUCGUGGAGAACGCAGGGCACAGCUUCCAGGAUAUGGCCGUCGAGGGAGGCAUCAUGGGCAUCCAGAUCAACUGGGACUGCAACCUGGACAGAGCUGCCUCCCUCUGCCUGCCCAGGUAUUCUUUCCGCCGCCUCGAUACCCGGGACCUUGACCACAAUGUGUCUCCUGGCUACAAUUUCAGGUUUGCCAAGUACUACCGGGACCUCACUGGCGUGGAGCAGCGCACGCUCAUUAAGGCAUAUGGUAUCCGCUUCGACAUCAUCGUGUUUGGGAAGGCUGGGAAGUUUGACAUCAUUCCUACCAUGAUCAACAUCGGCUCUGGCCUGGCGCUGCUGGGCGUGGCGACGGUGCUGUGUGACGUCAUAGUCCUGUAUUGCAUGAAGAAGAGAUACUACUAUCGGGAGAAGAAGUACAAAUACGUGGAAGAUUACGAGCAGGGUCUUGGUGGUGAGACAGGCCAAUGAUGCCUACCCGACACCUGGGCUCCCCAAAGCCCUCAUCAAGCACAAUGAGAAGGAGGGAGAAAUGGCUGCUAUGUCACCCCAGAGAACAUUCCAGAUUCUGAUUCACUCUCCAUAAGUACUCAGGGUUGCCUGGUAGCUCCUACAUUUUGUGUGUAGGGGUUCAUUUGUCCCCUGGGCACAGUGGAUUACUGACCAGUAUGUUGUUGGCUGGGCUGAGUUGCUGGGGCCUUCUGCAGGCCCUGGGGCCAGCUUUCCCCAGAAGCUGCAGUCUCCAGCCCUCGCAGACGGGGCCAAUCCUGUGAGCCAAGACAACACCAUUCAGGCACUUUGUAAGGAAAAGAAAGCCUCUAGGCUCGUGCUCCCUAGACUUUAACAGGCCCAGGCUGCUGCUCCUCUCCCCCAAACCAGGAACAUUGUUCUUGCAACCAUGGUACAGAGUUGGCUCUCUUCCUCUGAGAACAGCUGUGAAGAGAUGGUUGAAGAUCAAACAUUAAAACAAGUGGUUUUUCUUACUCCUCGCAUGCUGUCUCCUAGCAUAGGCUAGAGCUCUCCUUCCUUCUCUUACUUCAGGGAAGUUAAUAUGGGAUGAGGGGAAGGUGCCCACAUAUUUGCCUGAUGACAAGAACAAUUACUGUCUGUUCUGCCCACAUGCAACCUUGCAGCGAAGGCCACUUCCUGGAACGGCCAGUCCUAACGGCAGCCUCACAGUCAGCUUGCCUCUCCAAAGAACUCUCCUGGCAACGGCUGCACACACGUCACAGUCUGCGAUAAGCCCCUGCCACCAAACAACUUCUGUUUGGAAACAUCUUGCCUGCACUUCUCCUUUUUAGUCUUGCUCCCCUGGGCCUCAGCCCCCCAAGGCCAUGGCACACAUAGCCUGGGUUGCAGUGACCCCUGAAUAAACCCCUCUGCUGGUAUUUCAGGUUGACAAUUUCAAGUAAACCCAUUUGUUGUCCAGCUCUGUCCUCAGGAAAGGUCUCUUGAAACAAUCGUCUCUGCAACUCAGGCAUUUCCCUUGCCUGGCUUUUCUCUUAAAGCCUAAUUAAGCGUUUUGAUCUUCA